AAUGCAUUAAUUCGUCCAGUACCUUCUGUUUUCUCUGAGAUGAUCGUUCUUUCUGUGAUAAGAAUUUUAGGUUUAUUGCGUCAGUUGAAAAUAUAGAAAGACAAUCUAGAACAGCCAUUAUGACCUUUAAUUGAAUCGCAAUACAGAAAGGCGAAAACCAUGGCGGCGAUGCUGUUGGCGAAAUUGUGCUUUCGUUGCGUCGUACGUUUUUCCGACCGAGAGUACAAGCGCUGAAGGAAUAAAGCCGUGAAAAUUGAAUAAGGAAAAAAAAUGAGCCACUCCAGUGAAUCUGGUGAGUCGGAUGACGGCGGAGACGAUCAGGAAGGGUCUUCUUUUUCGGAGACCAAGAUCGAGGAUGCUUUAACAUCUUUCAGAGAGCAGUGGCAGCGCGUUUUGGAGUUGUCACCAAAACGAGAUGUACCCAAUGCUCAUUCCUCAAAAGCAGUUAAAAUAGAUGUUGCUUACGAUGAUGAAUCCAUUGAAGUCAGGGCAAAGGAUUUGUUUUUGAAAGGAAUUGAAUACGAACAAAGUAGAAAGUUUUACGAAGCAAUUCAGUUCUACAAACGUGCUGUGCAAUUAGUUCCUGAUAUUGAAUUUCGUUUGUAUGAUUCGACAAAGCUAAAGUCCAAUGAUGAUAGUCUAGAAGACUUAGAUAACACUGCAAACGAUAUCGAUGACGACAAUGAAAAUUACAAUGACGAUGACGACGAGGAGAGCGAUUUAUUUGUCAAACUAUGCAAAAUUAUAAAUCGUAAUAAAUGUGUUUGUUUUCCGAAAUUCGAACAAGACACGACACAUAUUUCUGCCUUGCCUAUGGAAAUAGUGCUGUAUAUCUUAAGAUGGGUAGUAUCAUCAGAACUUGAUUUAAGAUCUCUUGAAAUGUUCUCCAGAGUAUGUCGUGGAUUUUACAUAUCUGCAAGAGAUACAGAGAUUUGGAGACUUGCCUGUAUUAGAGUAUGGGGUGUAAAUUGUGGAACCUAUGCUCCAAAAUACCAAUCAUGGAGAGAAAUGUAUGUACAACGGCCUAGACUAAGAUAUAAUGGAUGUUAUAUAUGUAAAAUCAGUUAUAUACGCGACGGUGAAAAUAGUUUCCAAGAUCAAUUUUAUCGACCUUGGCAUCUGGUGGAAUACUUUAGGUACCUGAGAUUUUUUCCUGAAGGAAAAGUUUUAAUGCUGACUUCGACUGAUGAAGCACAAAGUUGUGUAAAUUCCUUAAAAAAUCGCGUGCCGCGAAAUCCAUCGGUACUAAUUGGUCACUACAGAUUGCACAAUAAUUGUGUCACUCUGGUGCUCAACAAACAAGAAGUGAAAGCAAUUAAUACCUACAGAAGGAAGAAAAGGGAACCUAUAGACGACAGUGGGGAACAAACGUUUCAGAUUGAAUUCGAAAUUCAAAAUCACUUCAGACGGUUGAAUUCACAGUUGAAAUGGUUGACUUAUUCUAUAUUUACAAAGUACAGAAACGGACACGAAGUUAAAAUGUGUUUGAAGGAACCAUCUGUGACUGAAUGGAGAGUAUCACCAAUCGGCGGGCGAUAUCCACCUUUAAAAUUUAGCAGAGUUAAAAGUUACACCCAAGAAAGCGAAGCUCCUCUGCAGUAAUAGAAUCUAAAACCUUUAAUCGUCCGAAGUACGUAAAAGUACAAUAAUGGAGCGAAGAUGUGAGAAAAGAGUAAAUUCUGCAGGCCAGCGUUAUUUAUACAAAUUACUCUUGAUAUAUAUAUAUUAUAAACAUGUUCUUUACUAUAUUGUUUGGCUUAUAAUUAUGUAUGAUGCAUACGGUUGUAAUAAGAGAAUACUUUAUUCUUCA